AGAACGCGGGCGGCGGAUCCCAGCGCGGCUCUCUGGAGCCCGCUGCUGAGCAGCGCCCCGGAGGGGCCGAGCAGGAGCGGCACCAUGGAUUCCUUCAAGGUGGUGCUGGAGGGGCCAGCACCUUGGGGCUUCCGGCUGCAGGGGGGCAAGGACUUCAAUGUGCCCCUCUCCAUCUCCCGGGUGAGCCUAGAUUGAGGGAGGGGCUCCCCCAGGGGUCUUGGGGUGCUCAGAUCUCCAGUGGGUGACAGAAAGAGCCUGAACAGGAGUGAGCCACGGCCGGUAGGCCAGGAGGUGCCCAGGUCCAGAUAUGUGGGCACUGCCACGAAGACUACCAACCUAACUAGGGAGAUACUAGGAGAGGAGCCCCCACACUUCCCUAGCACUGCACUGUACCUGAUGCUGUUCCACGAAGCUCCUGUGGCCACCUCCAAGGCCCAGGGGGAUGCCCAUUCUGAGGUCUCCAGGAAGUGUCUAAGCUCCUUGAGAGAGCAAUGCUUGGAGCUAGGCCCCAGGCAGGGCUCUCUGACUGCAGGAUCUCACUUCAUUCUCACUGCCACCCAGGGAAUAGCAACUGUCAUCCUGUUUUUCCAGAUGAGCUAACUCAGGACUCGGAGAGGUGAAAGGGCUCCUUCAGCAACUCCGUGGCAAAACAGGGAUUGGAAUUCAGCCACAGGGAUGGCCAGCAGUCUGUGUGUGUGAGGGGUGCCUCUCCCCGGCCUGUGUGAGGACCUUCCAUCCCAUCCACUGGUCCCAUUCAGGAUGGAGUGGGCUUUGACCCCAAGCAGGGGUUGGGAUGGGUCUCUAGGACUCUGACUUCAGCUUCUGAGAUCCUGUCCUGGUGGGGGUGGAGCUAGGGGCCGGCUCCUCCCUGUGGCAGGGGGAUUGCCUUAUAAGCCCAAGAAUGCAGCCCCACGCAGGGAUGGCCAACUGGUGGCUGGAGUCUGCAGGGCUGAAAAAGGCUGGUCUGGGCCUGGACCCCUGACCACAUCAGUGGGCCCCUCAGCUCAUCGCCCCCAGGCUGUGGCUCUAGCCAUGGGAUCGGCCGUGGGACAUGUAAAACAAGCUGCCUGCCCUGAGAGAGAGUCCAGCCCUUGGGCUGGUAUCUCUCACUGUGGUGGGGGGUGGAGGGUGGGUUCAGGAGGAGGUGGGGACUUCCUGCUCCCAUAUCCGCUUAUCCAGAGAGACCCACCCAGGCUCCUGGUGGGCAGGCAGCUAUUGGCAGGAAGCCCAGGGCAAGCACAGCCUAGAGGGGGCCGGAGGGUUGUCCAGCCGCAGCUGAGCUCAAGGGGGCCCCAAAGCAGAGUCUGUCGGAAUUGGGCUUGGUGGCCAGAACAGCUAGGCUGUCACUGUUCUCAGGGAUCCUACCCUGGGAGCUGCGCUGCCGGAAGGGUAGCUAAGGGCAGUGAUCUCCCUACCACAUAUACCCACCCUGUACACAAUUCUCGAGUCUCUCCAGCCCUGGAAACCUCCCCCUGUAUACCCCUUCCCUGGGAAAGUGCUAGCCAGUGUGACUGGGUAGCUGUAGGCCUUGGCUUGGCCUCUGAGCCUCAGUUUCUUCCUUGGUGAGGAUGGGCAACAAAGUAGCCUAGGGGAUGGACUUUCAGAUGUGGCCUGCUGGGGGCACCCUGAGCCCAGGCUCCCUUGUCAGCAGGCCUAGCAUGUGGGUGGGGCCACCAGCUGAGCCCAGCCCUGGAGUUGGACCUAGGCCCUGGUGGGUGGGCGGGUGUGUAGGGUGGUCUUUUCUGAGCUGGGCCCGCCCUCUCUCCCUCUACCCUGACCCCAGCGUGGAGUGGGGAGGGAGGGGCUAGGGCUGGCUAUGGGCCCGAGCCUGGGAGAUGAGGUAACGUCUGGGAUUUGGGGGUUGGGCUGCUCCGUGGAGCCCUCAGGCUGACUCACCCCCCACCUCCGUGCAGUGUCCAACCCCCUGGCUUUUCCCCUCCCCGGUCCCUUGGGCCUCCUUGCUUCUCUCUCCAGACACACCCGACCCCCCACCUCUCUUCUGCUUUUGUCUCUACCUCUCAGACUGCUCCCCUAUCUCUCCUGUGCUUCUUGUCCUCCUCACUCCAGGGGAGGAGUAGUCCCCAGCUCCCCAGCCCCUCCCUGGGAGCCAGCUGCUUCUGCCCACCCCAUACCCCCCACCUCAGGCUUAGCUCACACUUCCCAGGCCCCAAUGUGGGGAGGGAGUGGCCAGACCUGGUUUCCCUUCUACUGACUCACCAUGACCUUGAGUAAGUCACUUCCCCUCAAGGGUGUCACUUCCCCAUGCCCAUUGUAAGGGGUUGAAUUGAACUGGAGGUAAGAUAGGGGAUCCAGACCCUAAACCCAGCCAGAGGGUCAGGGAGUCUUUCCAGCCUGAGUUGGGCUCCAGCCCUCAGCAGAGGUAGCCUGGUAGGGUCAGAGUCCUGGCGCUGCCUCUUGAGUUGCUAGCUGGGUGACUUGCAGCAAGUUACUUAACCUCUCUGUUUUCCCAUGUGUGAAAUAGCUAUAUUCCUAGACUCUACUCCACAGGGUUGUUGGAGGAUUCAGGAUGUGGCAGUACUAGGUACUCAAUAAAGUAGGUAGGCUGCUCUUCUAACUAUUUAGCUGGUGAGCAAAGGGUCCUCCAGUUGUCUGACUCUUCUAACCUCCCAAGCAUGAACUAGAGCCAUCAAGCCCAGCUCUCCCUUCUUACCCUAGUGCCAUCAGUCUCUGCACUAUGAUCCCUGAGCCAUCUCUCUAGAACCUCUUGCCUGCCUCAAUGCAGUCUGAGCAUCAGCCCACCUGAGGAACCUCCUGGGGCCACAGGCAGCCUGUACCCCUCAAACCUAAGGAGGUUAAGGAGCCUGUGAGGUGUGAAUCUGCCUCCCAGCACUUCAUCCUGAGCCUGCUCAAUGCCAGGCCCCUUGCCAGAUGGCCAGGCAGCCCUGUGAGCUUAGACAAAUGAACAGCAGUCCCAUUCCUGCCUGUGUUGCUGCCACCAGGCUGGAAGGCAGGGAGAGCCCGGUUGGAUUCUUCAGGGUCACCUCUGUCAGGGCCCUGGGAAACACCCGAUCCCGGGCCUUGAUACUGCUAUUGGUUCCUCCUAACCUCAAGGCCAGAUCCUGGUUCCUUCCAGCAUUCAAGGCCUUCAUAAAUCACCGGACUCUCUCACAGCAUAGGCAGCCCAUUCUACCCUCCUUUCACCAAAGCCCGCCACUUCCCAGAAGUCAUCUUGAUGGUUUCAGGUCAUGCUAGUGGUGACCCUUCCACUACUACUAUUGCUCCUCAUUUGCCACAGGAACCAAAGAUUCCCAGCCCAGAGGCUGAAGGAUUGUGGGGAGAGGGUGAUGUGGCAGUCUGGGGUGAUAUGUAUAUUUACAGCCCAUGAAGCCCCUGCUAACACAUUGAGCCCCAUUCAGGCACUGAUCACUGGGAACCUAGAGGUGAUGCGGCCUCUUCGUGGCUCUCAAAGGGUCCUGGUAGAUCCCUGCAGAUGGCUCCAGGACAGGGUGCUAGGAAUGUGAGAGGUCAGUGAGAGCACCCAGCAGUGGUCAGGGAGGAACUUGCCACACAAACAAACCAGAGGGCAUGUCUGGUGGGUGGGACGGCCUGGGCAAGAGGCCAGCAGGGGCCUCAAAAGGCUGCUGUUGGAGCUGAGAAGCUUGGGUUUUAGCCUGAAGGUGGCUGCUUGUUGAUGUCAGCAGUUUCUGGACUGAGGGGAGGUCCAUGGAGGUGAACAAAUAACUAAGCAGAGUAACUGAGUUGAUGGUGAAGCUCACAUGAAGCCCUACCCUCUCCUAGAUCGAUUUAGUAUCCAGUGCUGCCCAGAAUUUUUUUUUUUUUUUUUUUUUUUUAUGGCCACACCGAGGCAUAAGGAAGUUCCCAGGCUAGGGGUCGAAUUGGAGCUGCAGCUACUGGCCUACACCACAGCCACAGCAACUCCGGAGCCAAGCCAUGUCUGCAGCCUAUACCACAGCUCACAGCAAUGCUGGAUCCUUAACCCAUUGAGCGAAGCCAGGGAUCGAACUGGCAUCUUCAUGGAUACUAGUUGAGUUUGUUACCACUGAACUGUGAUGGGAAGUCCCCAGAAAUGUUGAAUGAAGAGAACUCUGGUUUCUGCAAGUGGGGCAGCUUAGGAAGGGUAGGGUUGGUGGCUGUUAGCCUGAGUUUGGUCAGCAGUCUUGGGCUUCCAUGACAUUCCAUCUCUCCUUAGCUCACUCCUGGAGGUAAAGCUGCACAGGCCGGUGUGGCAGUAGGUGACUGGGUGCUGAGCAUCGAUGGCGAGAAUGCAGGAGGCCUCACACACAUCGAAGCCCAGAAUAAGAUCCGUGCCUGCGGGGAGCGCCUCAGCCUGGGUCUCAGCAGGGCCCAGCCAGCACAGAGUAAACCGCAGAAGGUGCAGACCCCUGACAAGUCAACAGCCGCUCCGACCGCUGGUCCCAGAUGCCAGCAAGCAGCGGCUGAUGGAGGACACGGAGGACUGGCGGCCGCGGCCUGGGACAGGCCAGUCCCGUUCCUUCCGCAUCCUCGCCCACCUCACGGGCACCGAGUUCAUGCAAGACCCGGAUGAGGAGCACCUGAAAAAAUCAAGCCAGGUGCCCAGGACAGAAGCCCCAGCCCCAGCCUCAGCUACACCCCAGGAACCCUGGCCUGGUGAGAGAGAGUGGGCUUGGCUUUGGGCCUGGGGAAGGGUGGGUAACUUCCAGGGGGACGGGGGUGGGCUCCUCCAAGUUGGCCCAGGCUAUCCCCCUCGUCCUGUGGUGGGGUCCCUGGGCACACCCCCUGGAGCCACUUUCCUGGCCUUGGCAGGCCCUCCCACCCCCAGCCCUACCAGCCGCCCACCUUGGGCUGUGGACCCUGCAUUUGCUGAGCGCUAUGCCCCGGACAAGACCAGCACGGUGCUGACCCGGCACACCCAGCCAGCCACACCCACGCCUAUGCAGAACCGCACCUCCAUUGUGCAGGCCGCUGCUGGAGGGGGCCCUGGAGGGGGCAGCGGCAGUAAUGGGAAGACUCCCGUGUGCCACCAGUGCCACAAAGUCAUCCGGGGCCGUUACCUGGUGGCCCUGGGCCACGCGUACCACCCCGAGGAGUUUGUGUGCAGCCAGUGUGGAAAGGUCCUGGAAGAGGGUGGCUUCUUCGAGGAGAAGGGCUCCAUCUUCUGCCCGCCCUGCUAUGAUGUGCGCUAUGCACCAAGCUGUGCCAAGUGCAAGAAGAAGAUCACAGGCGAGAUCAUGCAUGCCCUGAAGAUGACCUGGCACGUGCAUUGCUUCACCUGCGCAGCUUGCAAGACACCCAUUCGGAACAGGGCCUUCUACAUGGAGGAAGGGGUGCCCUACUGCGAGCGAGACUAUGAGAAGAUGUUUGGCACAAAAUGCCGAGGCUGUGACUUCAAGAUCGAUGCCGGGGACCGCUUCCUGGAGGCGCUGGGCUUCAGCUGGCAUGACACAUGCUUUGUGUGCGCGAUAUGUCAGAUCAACCUGGAAGGAAAGACUUUCUACUCCAAGAAGGACAAGCCCCUUUGCAAGAGCCACGCCUUCUCCCAUGUGUGAGCCCCUCCCAUGGGCCGCUGCCCACCCAGCCCUGACUGAGGGGUCACUGGUUCUGGAGUCAUUGCCCCAGAUUUCUGGGUAGGGCUAGCAAAAGUCGCCCCAACCCCAACUCCUGGCCCGAGCCCGGGGUUCCCUGGGCCCUGCCCCACCUCUUUUACCUCCUCUCACUCCCUCCACCACCACCUCACACUGGUGCUGGCCACACCGGCCCCUGUUCACAUCCAGAGCCACAAUAAACCUGUAUCCAGCCGUG